AUGUUGACGAAGGUUCUCCACCAUUUUGUUGGGGAAAAUGGACCAACUGCCAGCUACCCAGACCCUAUACAAGCAGACGGCUCCACCAGCCAGGUCAAUACUAUUGCCCUCCAUCUCCAGACAAAAGCUUGGGUGUCACCUGUGGAUAUGCUUUUACUAUCAGCAGAGUUGCAUCAACUGCGGUCAACUGUAGAAAUGCAGGAAAAAAACGUCGGCGAGCUGAUAAACAAGCAGCAGUCCAUAACACCAUUUGGAGUGAAGAAAGUAUUGGCAAAAGAGGAUCAAGUGAAGGGUCUGUUCAAGUAUUACACUGGGAUAACCUGGAAUUUUCUGGUACCUCCAGGGUCCUGUGUCAGCUAUGAGAAAGGUCGUGCGGACAUUAAAACUUUAUCAAAUGAGGAUUGUCUAUUCCUCACCAUAUGCCGUCUCCGUCAUGACUUUGGAUUGAAAGACAUUUGCAUGAGGUUUGGACUUACAUUGCAGUCGACUGGAGUUGUAUUCAACACAUGGAUUGACCAUAUAUCGGGGCAACUCUCAAUAUGGCCACACAGGGACACCAUAAUUGAAAAUAUGCCAACAGAAUAUAGAAGAGAUUUCCCAACAUCUCUCAUAAUUAUUGAUGGCACCGAGUUAAAAACACAAACACCAUGUGCUCUAGGUCUUCAAAGUCAACUCUACAGCGACUACAAGUCGAGCACUACACUCAAGUGUCCUAUUGGUUGUGACCCAAGUGGAUCAGUGAUAUUUGUUUCAGGGUUGCAUUCUGACUCCAUCUCUGACAAGACAAUCACAAAGGAAAGUGGCUUCUAUGAAACAUUAAAAACUCUUAAUAGUCAGGGAUACUUGAACGAUGGUGAUGCUAUUAUGGCCGAUAAAGGGUUCACUAUUGGUGAGGAACUUGGUCAGCUGGGAUUGAAUCUUAAUAUACCCCCCUUCACAAAAUCAGGAAGCCAGAUGUCCUCAGCAGAUGUUAAAAAAACCUCAGAAAAUUGCCAAACACAAUUGAUUUGUGAGAACAUUGUCUUUGGUACAAUACGGGACACGAUCCGGAAAUGUUCUCACAAAUCAACAUAUUUGGUCUGUCUGUUGUCUGCUGACUCUCUUUCAGGAUGUAUUUAUCAAGGAUAA